AUCUGUAGAUUUCCCUUUCCUGUUGAGAGUCUCCCCAGAUUUCUCAUCGUCCUCUAAGAGAUUUGAAAAUUUCCGAAAUCUGGUGCGUGUGGGUUUGUGUGGAAAAAUCAACUUGGAGUCUGCUUAAGGGGCGUUGCUAGAUUCAUUCGGUGGAAUUCAUGGAGCGCUUACCGUGUGCAGAGCGCUGUACCGGUCCGCACCUUGUUUCCAAGGUUUCUGAGUCACGUACGUUUGUUCUAUUUAACGCUGGGGCUGCCGUUCGGACGCCGAAAAGAAGUUCUUGAAACGGCGUCGAAACGGGGCUCUGUUUCAUGUGGUGAAGAUCUCGGUAGCAAUUAAAUUCCCGAAGACCUGCCAAGGCACCCAUUGGCUGAAAUGGGGAUAUUCCAGCCACUGGUUUUUGAGUUGCGAAGAAGAGGCUGUUCAAAUAUGACUCAGUUAGAGGAGCGGAGCCGUCUGUGAGACAUGGAUAGAUGUAAGCACGUGGGGCGGUUACGACUCGCCCAGGACCACUCCAUCCUGAACCCCCAGAAGUGGCAGUGCAUCGACUGUAACACCACGGAGUCCAUCUGGGCCUGCCUCAAGUGCUCCCACGUGGCUUGCGGGCGGUACAUCGAGGAGCACGCGCUCAAGCACUUCGAGGAGACCAGGCACCCGCUGGCGAUGGAGGUGAACGACCUGUACGUGUUCUGCUACCUCUGCGAGGACUACGUCCUGAACGACAACCCCGAGGGCGACCUGAAGCUGCUCCGGAGCGCCCUCUCCGCCAUCCGGAGCCCCAGGGCCGACCCGGCGGGCCGGAGCGGGCGGACGCUGCGCUCGACGGCCUCGGGGGAGGCCGCGCCCCGCUCCCGCCGGGCCCCCCAGGGCCGGCCGCAGAUGCUGACGGCCCUCUGGCACCGGCGGCAGUGCCUGCUCGCCAAGGCCCUGAGGGUCUGGUUCCAGAAGAGCUCCCGGGGCCGGCUGAAGCUGGAACAGAAGAGGCGGACCGAGGAGCUGGAGAGGAAGAAGGAAGCCACGAGGCAGCGGAGGCGCGAGCUGAAACGACGCCUCCUGGAGGAGCUGGCCAACACCCCCCCGAGGAAGAGCGCCCGGCUGCUGGCCCCCCGGGAGGGCUCGCCCCCGGGCUCCUUCCCGGGGGGCGCCGCCACUUCUUCUACCUCAAGGACGCGGGCGGCGGCGGGCGGCGGCCCCUACGGCCAGCUCUACGCCGUCCGGCGCAAGCCGGCCAUGACCCCGGGGGUCACGGGCCUGAGGAACCUGGGCAACACCUGCUACAUGAACUCCAUCCUCCAGGUGCUCAGCCACCUCCAGAAGUUCCGAGAGUGCUUCCUGACCCUGGACCUCUCCGACACCGAAGACCUCUUCGCCAGGGCGCCCGGCGGGCCGGCGGCCGGGGCCCGGGGGCGGCCGGGCCCGCCGGGCGGCCUCAACGGCGGGGCGGCCUCCGGCCAGAGCCUGGAGCUGAUCCAGCCCAAGGAGCCCAGCUCCAAGCACAUCUCCCUCUGCCACGAACUGCACACCCUCUUCCGCGUCAUGUGGUCCGGGAAGUGGGCCCUGGUGUCCCCGUUCGCCAUGCUGCACUCCGUGUGGAGCCUGAUCCCGGCCUUCCGCGGCUACGACCAGCAGGACGCGCAGGAGUUCCUCUGCGAGCUGCUGGACAAGGUGCAGCAGGAGCUGGAGUCGGAGGGCACCAAGCGCAGGAUCCUCAUCCCCUUCUCCCAGAGGAAGCUCACCAAGCAGGUGCUCAAAGUGGUCAACACCAUAUUUCACGGCCAGCUGCUCAGCCAGGUCACCUGCAUCACCUGCAACUACAAAUCCAACACCAUCGAGCCCUUCUGGGAUCUGUCCCUGGAGUUUCCCGAACGCUAUCACUGCCUAGAGAAGGGCAUCGUCCCUUGCAAUCAGACCGAGUGCAUGCUCACAGAGAUGUUGGCCAAAUUCACGGAAACGGAGGCUCUGGAAGGGAGGAUCUACGCGUGCGACCAGUGUAACAGCAAAAGGCGCAAAUCCUCUCCCAAACCUCUCCUCCUGAGUGAAGCUAAAAAGCAGUUAAUGAUCUACAGACUACCUCAGGUCCUCCGACUGCACCUUAAACGAUUCAGGUGGUCUGGACGGAAUCACCGGGAGAAGAUCGGGGUCCAUGUCGUCUUUGAGCAGGUAUUAACCAUGGAACCUUACUGCUGCAGGGACACCCUCUCCUCUCUUGAGAAAGAGGCCUUUGCCUAUGACCUCUCCGCGGUGGUGAUGCAUCACGGGAAAGGGUUUGGCUCAGGACACUACACAGCAUAUUGCUACAACACAGAGGGAGAGAACAGUGCAGGGCAGCGCGGACGUCUCAGCGAACCACCUCCGAGCUCAGGGGCCGUCCGGGAACUGCGAAGAGGACAGAGGACUGACCUUCCCCUGAAAGGGAAGCGCCUCGGCUCGUUCGGGACCACGUCGGGGUUCGCGACAUUCCUCUCGGGAGGAACGGAGGCUGGAUGUGGAAACGGAUCUCCCGGUUUGCCACCGCAGGGCCUAGAAUAGAAGAUAUCAGGUUUUUUCGAUCUCGCCAUAA